UAAGAUCAUGUCGGUGGACAUAGAAAAUAACCAGUAAUAACCACAUACUAAACACUCAAAAUGUAUCACCGUCCAGCUAUACUAGCCAGACGAACCAUCCACGAACAUGUCAGCAAACGCAUCCGAACCUGGACCUUCGACUUCCGUGGCCAACAGCGCGGCCGUAGAGCAGAAACCGUUGGAGCAGCUUGGAACGCUCGAGGAAGAUGACGAGUUCGAGGAGUUCCCUGUAGAAGACUGGGACGAAUCGCAAACGACCCUCGCCGUCCUGACAAAACAAGCUCAACAGCAGACCAAUCAAGCCGGAGGAGCGGGUGCGAAUGGAGCUGCAGCUGUAGUGGGAGCUCAGCUUUGGGAGGAUAACUGGGACGAUGAUGAUAAGGAGCCGCCGUUCGUGCAGCAGUUGAGGGCCGAGCUGAAAUCCCAGAACGACGCCGACGCCAUGAAACUCUAAAGAAACCACUUCUCCCUGUCUCUCCACCUCGCACAACCUCACCGCGACCCAGCUUCACACCACACCCCCUCAUCAUCUUUCACUGCAAUCUGCGGUCUGCCUCCUUUAUGCGACUUGGAUGGAUAGCAUGAGGACGGCACUUGAGAUGACCUCGCUCUGAACGAAAGACGCGAACUGGGUAACGGGGUGGUUGGGAUUAUGGGGUUUGCUACUACUUUAACGAUCUCGCUUCCCGUGUUUUGUAAUCGUAUCAAAAUGAAUUCAUUUACGUUCUUUGCAAGA